AUGGCUUGGCAAUGGAAGCGUAAGAAGGAAAAGGUAAGAGAUUAUAACACUAAAAAUGGCACCAUCAAGUGGCAUUCAAUCAGAAGGCAAAAACGUGAAUGGAUCAAGUUCGCUGCAGCCUGCCGUGAAGGCGAAGACAACUCAAAGAGGAACCCAAUCGCCAAAAUUCAUUCAGACUGUGCCGCAAACCAGCAAGUUACAUACCGCAUCUCUGGAGUAGGAAUUGAUCAACCACCUUACGGAAUCUUCAUUAUUAAUCAAAAAACUGGUGAAAUUAACAUAACAACCAUAGUUGACCGAGAAGUCACCCCGUUUUUCAUUAUCUACUGCCGGGCUCUGAAUUCACAGGGCCAAGACUUAGAGAGGCCUCUUGAGCUCAGAGUCAGGGUUUUGGAUAUAAAUGACAACCCUCCAGUAUUUUCUAUGUCUACUUUUCUAGGACAAAUAGAAGAGAGUUCUAAUGCAAAUACACUGGUGAUGAGACUCAAUGCUACUGACGCAGAUGAACCAAAUAAUUUGAACUCAAAAAUAGCCUUCAAGAUCAUAAGCCAGGAACCUUCUGAUUCACCCAUGUUUAUUAUCAACAGAUACACUGGAGAAAUCCGAACAAUGAAUAAUUUUCUAGACAGAGAGCAAUAUGGCCAGUAUUCUCUUGCUGUAAGAGGCUCAGACCGCGAUGGCGGGUCAGAUGGUAUGUCAGCAGAGUGUGAAUGCAGUAUUAAAAUCCUGGAUGUCAAUGAUAACAUCCCAUACAUGGAAAAGCCUUCAUAUUCCAUAGAAAUUGAAGAAAAUGCUCUAUAUUCAGAUUUGCUUCAGAUUAGAGUAAUUGAUUUGGAUGAGGAGUACACAGCUAAUUGGAUGGCAGUAAUUUUCUUUAUCUCUGGAAAUGAGGGAAAUUGGUUUGAAAUAGAAAUGAAUGAAAGAACAAAUGUGGGGAUCUUAAAAGUUAUUAAGGAUUUNCUGGUACAUUUUCAAGAAAUGGUCCCAUUUUUGUUGAUCUGUUGUGAUUGUGGAGGUGCCUCUGGUGGUGGAGCUGGCUUUGAGCCUGUUCCUGAAUGUUCAGAUGGAGCAAUUCAUUCAUGGGCAAUGGAAGGACCACACCCCGACCCCCCUGGUUUGACCACCGUUUGUAUACCAGGAAUACAACAAGCCAAUAAUGUAAAUGUGAUUGAAUGCAUUGACAACUCAGGUGUUUACACAAAUGAGUAUGGUGGCAGAGAAAUGCAAGAUCUGGGAGGAGAAGAAAGAAUGACAGGAUUUGAACUAACAGAUGGAAUUAAAACAAGAGGACCUGAGAUAUGUCAAGAAUAUUCUGGAACAUUAAGAAGAAAUUCUAUGAGGGAAUGUAGAGAAGGAGGUCUGAAUAUGAACUUCAUGGAAAGUUACUUCUGUCAGAAAGCAUAUGCUUAUGCAGAUGAAGAUGAAGGACGUCCAUCCAAUGACUGUUUGCUCAUAUAUGAUAUUGAAGGUGUAGGUUCCUCCGCUGGCUCUGUGGGUUGUUGUAGCUUCAUUGGAGAAGACUUUGAUGACAGCUUCUUGGAUACACUGGGGCCUAAAUUUAAGAAGUUGGCAGAUAUCAGCCUGGGAAAGGAAGCUGAACCCUACCCAGACUUUGACCCCUCUUGGCCACCUGACAGCGCUGAACCGAUUUGCCCUCAGCAGGGAACAGAGCCUCCUGCUGGCGGACGCCCACCCAUCUCCUCACGUUACGGCACUACCACAGUCAUUUCUGAGAAUGCCUACCCCUCAGGACCUGGUGUACAACAUCCUAUGCCUAUUCCUGAUCCUGUGGGCUAUGGUAAUGUCACUGUAACUGAGUCUUACGCCACCUCUGGCACUCUGAAGCCCUCUGUCCAUGUUCAUGAUAAUCGACAUGCCUCAAACGUGGUGGUGACAGAGAGGGUGGUUGGCCCAAUCUCUGGCGCUGACUUUCAUGGAAUGUUAGAGAUGCCUGACUUGAGAGAUGGGUCAAACAUUAUAGUGACAGAAAGGGUUAUAGCACCAAAUUCAAGUCUACCCACUACUUUGACCAUCCCUGAUCCCAGAGAGUCUUCAAAUGUGGUAGUCACAGAAAGAGUAAUUCGACCAACUUCUGGCAUGAUGGGCAGCCUGAGUAUGCAUCCCGAGUUAUCAAAUGCCCACAAUGUGAUUGUGACAGAGAGGGUUGUUUCUGGCUCUGGCAUAACUGGCAUUAGUGGCCCAGCUGGGAUAAUUGGAGGCAGUGGCACAGUCAGUAGUGGUUUGAUUGGCAGUGCCGCUGGAGUCAGUGGUGGCGGCAUCGGGCUGAGCAAUCUAGGAAGAGGCAUGGGCCUGAGUAGUGGCAUGGGGGGAACAGCCACCAUUGGUCAUAUGAGGGGCUCCUCUGACUAUCACUUUGGCCAGACCCUUGAGUCCGUCUCCCCUAGUGCAACCCGGAGUCGAAUCACCAAGUAUAAUACAGUACAGUAUACUAAGUAACCAGGACUCCAGCACAGUUUUUCUCGGUACUUGUGAUUUCGGUUCGGUUCUCACCAACCAAACAGCUAACAAUAUGAUUUAUGAUGUACAACUAGGCGCUAAGGUAAUUGUGGAGCAAGGUGAGAAGCCACAUGAGAAAAAUAAGUGGAAACAGUGCUGCUGGGCAAGAACUCUCCCUAGCAUUUGUAAACGUUUUUCUUAUAUUAAUACUAAUGGAAUCCUGACAGUGAACUAAAACUUAAGACAGGCUUUUCUUGGUGCCUAUAAGUAAGGCCUGUAGGGUCUUCUUUGUUUCUGUGUGGCCUGUAGAGCAUCUCCAGCACGUGGAAGAAGUAAAACUCGGUAAUGUAAAAGCACUGGCCUUAAGACGGCAAUUGGCAUAAUUUCCUUUGCUGUUUUGAUUUGCUCAGGCAAUAUUUCAAAAGCACUCAGCAUGCAAUAUGUGUUCAUGUAUGUGGGAAGAAUUUGAAACCUGCGACAAAUGCCCUGUCAGUUUCACAGAUAAUGUAAAUAAAAAUCCAACCACAUAUUCCGACCAAGGUUAACCAUUAAAGAAAAAAAAAUCUGGUUACAUAGCCAGGUCCACAAGCCACCAAGCUCUCCUCCCUUAAUCACUGCAAAAGGUAAAAUAAAUCUUAAAUUAGGAAAUGGUUCCUAGGAGAGAAAUUCCAUAUGAGUGGCAACAGGGUGAGAUCCAUUUAGGAUAACCUGGCAUCGUCUGAGCCUGAAUCUUGAGAUGGGGCUGCAGCUACAAUUCCUAUGGAGUCAAGGUCUUUUCUGCUUCUAGCUUCUGUUUAGUGUAGAUGCAGUAUUGAUUAAUAUUGCAUAUGGGUAAGGUUGCAGCAUAUCACACUCAUUUUUCCCUUUACCACUCUGACUCUAGUCUUAAUAAAGGAAAACCUGCCAAGUGUACUUCUCAGAUUGAAGCAACUAGCAACUGACAUGGUUGUCCUCCCUAGAGGUAGAUUGAUUACCUUUCAAGGAAGUGGAUGGGAAGUGCAUUGUACUUUCAGAUUGUGUUUCUAGUAAGUGUUAUUGACUUAUAUUCAGCUCUUUAUUACAUAUCUCUCAAGUUAAAAUAAUUUACUUAAGCUGAGCUGUGAAUUGAAGCCUGCAGUAUUGUUAAGCUUUGGGAAAUGUUUUAAAGGGGAUCUAAAAAAAAAAAAAAGAUUUUAGAAAAUGUAAAAUGUUUAAUGGGGAAAGUUAGAAUUGUUCAGUAAAGUAAUACUGUACUGUUACUUAAGUUCAGUACUUUUUAAAACAACCCUCUGCUGCUGAUUGGAAGGGAUCAAUAGGAACUUUUAACAGAGUUGAUGAUAUUAUGUUAACAUGAAUGAAAUUGCACUAGAUAACCCCAUUUCCUUAUUCUAUCCCACUCCCAACUGAAUUUUCUCAUGAGCAUACAUUUUACAUUCCUGAUUUGAUUUGUCAAUAAGCUCUUGGCUUAUAUAUGCUCCAAUUUGUAGAUUCCAAAGUAUAUAGUACAAUAUAUUUUUCUAGCUUCAAAAUUUAGUAAUGUACUAUUUAUGGUAUGUCAUUUCUGUGUGUUUGUUAUCUGGUAUUAUUUGGUUAAAAAUCUCUAAAUAGAAUCAAAGCAUCCUCAGCCAGAGGUAAAUUUACGUUUGCAUGAUAAAGGGGUGUUUUUUCUCUUUUCUAAAUUUAGUAUUAAUACGAGCUCACUAAAGUAAAACUGAACAUGACAAAAUCUUUUAAGGAGUAUUAUCCCCAAUUACUCAAAUUUCCUAGGGUCUUACAAGAUCAAAGAAUAGUUUUUCAACGUCCAACGCUUGUCAGAUGGGGGCUAGGCAGUGAAUUACUUGCCUAGAGCAAUUUUGCUCUAUGUUAGCAGAUGAUGUCAAUAUUUUCAAAGCCACAAUAUACUUCUUACUUUAACUCUAUAGACUAUGUAAA